UAGAGCGCGUAGCUCGCCGCAGCCAGUAGUAGAGAGCAAUCGAUCCGGGGACGUGAGUGAGUGAGCCGUGCGUCGCUAGGCAACCCAGCUUCCCAGCAGCCGCCAUAUCAUCUCGAGUCGCCAGAGUCGCCUCAGACAGCCCUCCGGCCAUGCUCAAGAGGAAGAAGAGGCACAGGCAUCCUUUCUUUUCGUCCGAGUAACGGCCGCCCGCGUAGCUUUCAUGUCCGCGAACUGAUUUAAAAAGCGCUUAAAAUCGGCGAGUACCAACCACACAAAUAUUUGUUUCGGCUUGUUAUUAUUGGCUUCGUAGUUUUUCGUUACCUCCGCGCGCGCGUGCUUUCUUUCUUUACUCCGCCGAUUUUUAAAACCAAAAUUUUUCGUUCGUUUUUGAAAAUUUUUUAAACGUUUUGUCGUCGCGACCCGCGUUGUUUGUUUAGCCGGCCGUUCCGCAGUGAUACUUGGCGCGUGUUUUCCAAUUCAUUUACCCCUCGAAAUUUGAUCGCUUGGCGGGAAGAGUCGGGUGUGCGGUGAGCGAAGAGGGACCAGGGACCGAGACGGCAUGUCGAUGCUGAAGUACGGGGCGAAGGUCGGGAGUCCGCCCAGACGCCCCACCGUCCUGGGCUCCGACCAGAUCCCGUUUUGCACGAGCCCCAGCCAGCUGCAGGAAGUCACCCUGGACCCGUCUCUCAGCAGCACCGUGUCGUUUGCAGCAUUGCGCUCGCCGGAGAAGACGUCCCCGAUGCGGGGGCGCUCCGUGAAGGAGUUUGAGGAGAUGCUGUCCCAGUUGAAGAAAGAGAACUUCAACCUGAAGCUGCGCAUAUACUUCUUGGAGGAGCGUCUCGGCUCUAUGAGUGGCACCGACAAGGAGCAGCUUACCAGGGAGGUUGUCGAACUCAAGGUGGAGCUGGAGGCCCUGAGGAAGGAGAAGGACGAGAAGGAAGAUCUGCUCCUCCAGGCGUCGCGGCUGGUCGAGCUGACCGACAGGCAGCACCAGGAACAGCUGCAGGAGAGGGACCAGGAGAUCAAGGACCUUCGCUCCAGGCUCCAGCAGCUGGAAGCCGCCAAGGAUGAUACGGACCUGAUACAGUUUGAGGACUCAAUGGUAGCUGUGGCAGAGGAGAGACGGCUAGAGUUGGAGAAACUGACGGAACAGGUCAGGCAGUUGGAGGAGGGCGUGCGGCAGGAGAGGGGCCGCGCCGGCGGGCUGGAGGAGGCUUGCCGGGAGUCCCGGCGCCAGGCGGAGGCCCUGCAGGGGCAGCUGGAGGAGCUGUCGCGUCGGCUCGAGGGCCGGGAGGCGGAGCUGCAGGCUGCCCGCGACCAGGUGGACAGCCUGAAGUCUCAAGUGAAGCGCAGCUCAAAGUUGUGCCUGAGCCCCAGCAAGAAGCGGCACUCUCCCGAAGGAGCAGAGCAGAAGGUGACGCCCCUCAGAACGCAGGAGCAGCAGAAUGCUGUGGCUGUCCAGAAGGAGAACGAGGAUUUGACCAAGAAGUUGAAGAAGCUGGACGAAAAUUAUAAGAAGUCUUGCAUGACUAUCCAGAGCUUCAUGAAGCGCACCACAGACCUGGCCCAGGAGCUGGAGAAGAGCCGGCUGGAAGGCUGGGAGAAGGACAAGCAUGCGGAGUCUCUGGGCAGACAGCUGGAGGCUAUGCGCGUGAAGCUGGCUGAGGCCGGCCGCGCCAAGCAGCCGGCCGGAAGCGCGUUCCUGGCGGAGGAGGAGAAACUGUGGGCAGAAAUCGAGAAUAAUAACCAACCUGUGAGUCAGCUCGUUAAGGACCAAGUUAUGGCUCGUCUAGAAUUGGAGAAGCAGAUCAAAAGUUUGAUGGAAAGCCUUAAGCAGAAGGAACACCAGCUGUCUGAAUACGAAAAUCGACUUGCAUCUGCUACUAGUGUCAUUCGAGAAAAGGAUAAUAAAAUUUUGGAGUUGCAAAAAGAGAUAGCUGCUUUGAAGGAUACCGUUUCAUCUCUACAGGAAGAUAAGAGAAGUUUUGAUAAGAAGGCAAGGGAGGAAAAUGAGAGUGAAAAGGCUUCAGUUACGGAAGGACAUGUUUCUACCGAUGAACUGAAGGAAGAGCUGGAAGCGAAGACAAAAGAAAUCGCGAAGUUGAACGUGGAGCUGAAGAAGAAGAACAACAACCUGCAGGAACUGGUGAACAAGGAGCUGUGGAGCAAGAACCGCGAGAUAGAGAAGCUGCAGCACCGUGUGAACAGCAUCUGCGAGAACAAGGACGUGGAGAUCAUGUCUCUGCAGCAGGAGGUGACCGCCCGCGACUUCCAGGUGAAGGUCCUGCUGGACAAGAUGGCGGACCUGGGCGUGCACGCCAGCCUGCCCUCAGCGCUGACGUUCCGGGACGUGUUCCAGGACCCGGACGGGGCGGACCUACGCGAGCAGGUGAGGUCCGUGCUGGAGGAGCGGCUGUACUUGUGCCAGCGCGUGGGGGAGCUCGAGGACAGGCUGCGCAACACCCCGGAGCGGGACGACAGCCACCUGCUGCCCCUGCUGCGCGGAGAGCUGGCCAAGGCCAAGGAGGACGCCGCGCGAGCGGAGGUCUGGCGCUGCGAGGCGGUCGACGCCUGCGCCGUCCUCACCAGGCGUCUGGAGGAGCUCGCCCGCUUCCUCAACUCCCUCCUGAGCCGCGGCUGCUUCCUGGGCGGCCUGGGGCGCAAGCGCAGGCAGCUGCUGAAGCAGGCGGUCGAGAGCAGCAUGGAGCUGUCCAGGACCAUCAACAUGUCCAUCUGCGGCUCCGGUGCCGGCGACUCCCAGGUGAACUCCUUGUCGAGCUGCCUGACCUCCCUCAGCUGCAACGUGAGUCUGGCGGACAUGUGGGACGAGAGCUGGCUGGAAGACUGCUUCGAAGACAGCAGCUGCAACCCGGGGUCGCCCGUUGCCAGCCCCUGUGGCGUGAACGCCUCGCACGGAAUGUCGGAAGACGACCGUAACGUGCAGCUGAUCGCUCGUCUGAGGUCGGAAGUCGAAACGUUGAAGCAGGAGCUGAUACAGAGAAACAAAGAGAUGACUCAAGCAGAGAAGGAAGGGGCAAGUACAGAGACGGAACCUCAGCAGCAGUCUGCAUCCCUCGCUGGAAAACAGCCAGAAUUGAACGUAUCAUUUGCUUCCAUUACAUUUUAUAAUAGUCAGCAUAGCAAUGCCCCGAACUGCCUGAGAGAUGGUGGCAAUAGUGCAGACUUGAAGAGUCCCAAGAGACUGUCUCCGAGGAACUCCAAGAAGCAAGCUGUGUUGCCACAGAUGGAUGGCUGCGCUCAGCUGCGGAAGUGCGAUCUCUUGAACCACAGCAACAAGAUCAGGCGUAGUUCCAGCGCCAGUGCUGUUGCGCUGAGCCAGCUUCAGCAACACGACGGCUGCCUUUCCGAUUCGGAGGCGUGGUCGGAGCCCGACAGGAACGUUUCCCUCGCGAGAAUGGGCCUGUGCGAGGACCGUGCCAAGGCAGCCUCCUGCAGGAGUCCUCUCAGGCUGAGUCUCGACAACUCCCGGGACCUGGAGUCCAGUGAUUCCUCGGACGAUGCUGCCGAGUCCGGCGAAGGGAUGAGGUCACCAGGCCGACAGGGGGGCAGGGUGGAGACGGAGCUGCUCAGGCUGAGGAGCAGGAUGCGCGGCCUGGAGCGAGUGAACGACUCCCUGCGCGCGGAGCUGAACACGUUCUGCCGCUGGGCGACCGGGCACACGGGGGGCGACGGAGCGUGCGCCGCGGGGAAGCUCGACAAGUCCACCAGCAUCGAGUGCCUCGCGGAGGGCGCGGUCUCGCUGCAAGCGCCGUCGCAGAUCCUGGAGCAGGUGUGCCACCAGCGAGAGAAGCUGGAAGCCCUGCUGCUGCACAACGACGCCAUCCGCCACCAGAUGGAGGGCAUCGUGACGGUGAUGGAGGGCAAGUCCGGCUCGCCCACGGCGGCGGCGGCACCGGCACCGGACAGUGUGAAAGGCAUCGCUAGCCAGCUGGAGGAAGCUCUGUCCAGGAACAGGCAGCUGGAACAGGAGCUGGAGGCGGCGCGGGACGGGCUGCAGGAGCAGCGCAACGAGGGGCUGGAGCAGCAGUGCGCGCUGCUGGAGGCCCAGAACGCGGGGCAGCAGGCCUGCCUGGAGCUGGAGCAGCGCCUGCUGGAGCUGGAGACACAGCUGGGGGAGGCCCGCCUCGUGGCCGAGCUCAGCGCCCAGGAGGAGGAGCUGGCCCGCUCGCGCCUGCUGCAGGCCGACAAGAAUGUUGAAGAGGCCAACAAAAGAUUGGAGCAGAUGGAACGAAUGUGUGCUGAGCGAGAAAGUGCUGCAAAAGCGGAUGCGGAGCGCAAGCUGUGUGAGUUAGAGAAGCGUGCAGACGAACUGGAAGUUGCGAUGGAGGAACAGCGUCGAGAGUUUGAGAGGCGGGAACGUGAAGCCCAAGAGGUGCUAAAGGUGCGGGAGGAAGAGUGGUCGCGGGCCCGCGAGGCGCUGGAGGGGCAGCUUGACGUGGCGAGGGGCAGGGCGUCGGGGCUGGCGCUGGAGCGCACGCGGCUGGACAACGACAAGGUCCACCUGGAGCAGGCCUUGCGGCAGCAGGGCGCCCGCGAGGCGGAGCUGCUCCGGGAGAGGAGGAGGCUGGAGGGCGAGGUGGCAGACCUGAAGCAUCAGCUGGACACCCAGGUGUCAGCGCUGACUCUCCAGAAGAGCGAGUUGGAGCAAGAGAUUCAGCAAUUCAAAGCUGUCAAUUCAGAGUUGCAGCAAAAUCUGUCGAAGCUUCGCCACAGUGAGAUGAAACAAUUUUCGAGCAACCAUUCAGAGCACAACAGCGAACAGGUGUCUGGCUUGUUCCUGGACAAGGCCAGCAGUCGCUCGUCGGGCCUGGACACGGGCGACUUCAGCUCGCUGGACUGCCACUCGGCCUCCCAGGUGUCUCUGCCCCCUCAGCUGUUCCGCCAGCGCAGCGAGAUGUCCGACUACGUGUCCGAGGACCAGGCUGCGGACGAGUGCGGGACUGUCAUCACACAGCUGUGCGACCGCCAGGGCAACACGUGGGUGACGGUGUCGGGCCAGCAACGGGGGGCGUUGUCCUCCCAGGAGCAGGCCCUGUCUCGCGUCGUCAACGCCUCGCCGGACCUGGGCAUAGAGAGCGACGCCGGGCGGCUGUCCAGCAUGGAGGUGGCUCUGGCGUUCGAAACCGCGGGGGACCAGGGGACCCCGGGGCGGGACCGCGCCGGGCUGGAGCAGGAGAACGCGGAGCUGAGGAGGCGGCUGGCACGCACGCGCCGCACGCUCGAGGAGACGGUUGCGCAGCUCACGGCCGCCAACCAGCGCAAGAAGCUCAUGGAGAAGGCCAUCUGCAGGCAGCUGUGCAAGACGCACCACGUGCUCAAGACCACGCGCUGCCACCUGGAGGCCGCGCAAGACCAGUGAAGGCAUGGCGUCUCAUCAUCACACCCGAGGUUCAAGUAGUUUUUCUACUUCUAAAGUUAAACACGAUCUGAUGAGAGACUAAAAUUUUAAAAGCUCUACAAAGUGGACAUUUUCGUCCAGUCAUAAUAAUUAUUCUCGGCGCGAGAGAAAUUUAUUUUUUAUACAUCGUGGCUAACAAACUUAAUCGCCGCAUCUCAUUAAUGAUAUCCUCAAAAAAUUUUGUUUGGAUAAUGUGUUCAAUGGAGUGCAUACUUGUACACUUGUUAUGACUGACAUGUUACUGUUGUGGUUCACUCAAUUGUAUCCCAUGAAAAUGGUACACAGUAUUUUCUUGUAUGUUGUUUGUGCCAAAAGUUUUUUGUAGAUUGUAUAUAUAUGUAGUUUACUUUUGACUUGUAAAGUACAAAUUAAAGAAAUAUGUGACUUGUGUUCUCAA